GGCUUGGGGCUGGGGAGACCCCACACCCUAGGGCAGCCGGUAUGGAAGCUUUGGGGACUUGGGGGCUGGGUUCUCUGAGCAGGGAGGAGGCUGGAGGGAAGGUGCUAGUGUCCUGACGUGCGGUGAUGGGUCACUGGAGAGAGGUGAUCUUAGGCGCAAGACUCCCGGGUCCCACACAGAGCUGGGUGUGGGUAUUGCUAUCCAUGUGUCAGGAGUUUGAAGACCCCAAAGGGACAAGGAUAAAGAAAGUUCAUGGGUAGCGGGGAGGGCAGUGCAGUGGUUAUUUGGAUCUGUGGGAGACUGUGUCGGGGGCUGGGCUUGGAGGGAGCCUGUUUAAUGUCAGCUCUCAGGAGAGAGCUGCUGAGUAGGUGCUGCUGAGGUGCUGAGGGGAAGGGCAGGGUGCCUCUCUCCCCAGCAGUGUUGGAGAUAGGAGGCGAGGGGGCUCAGUCUGGGGGCUCUGGGGACAACUUUUCCAAGGCUCCUUGGCUUUCUUUACAGUCUGUCUCCCAACUCUUGCCCACAGCCAGAGGGUCGGUGAACCAUUGGCUGAACGACUUCCUAACCAGAACAUAUUCCUGCCUUCCUGGCGUGGGGACUUGUUUCUGGAAUAAGCCUCAAGCUCCCUCAAGCCCCCUUCUUUCCCUCUAGCAUCCGGAGUCCUGAGGACCCCAUUGCCCCCUCCCCCAUCUUUGCUGCAAACUCUUCCAUCAGACCCCUCUGUUCGGUGGCAUGCUUGCUUUGCUCUGAAAAGAGGCCAGGGGUCAGAUGAAACUUCAAGCCACACAGGGUAGGACAGAACCUUUGGGAGGCCAUCUGAGUCCCUUGCCUACAUGUAGAUCCCGCUCCCUGUUAGCAAAAGAGUUCUUUCUGUGUUUUGAAAAAUUCUUGCUUCCCUGGGGAAGCUGUGUGAGGCUGUGGUAGGGUAAGCUUUGGAGCUCAUCAAAUCCUUGGUCUUAAUCCUAGCUCUGCUGCUUUCAGCUGUGUGGCCUUGGGCAUGUCACUUAACCUUUCUGAGUUUGUACCCUCAAUCCUAACAGCUAUUAUGAGGAUUAGAGGUAAGGUGUUUGAACCUAUUAUAUACUCAUUAGAGGAGAGCUAGGCUUACUCUUCCUCUCUUUACUUCUCAGCCUUGCUCACACUUCUCAAUGCCGCCAUCCCUCCCUCCCUCCCUCCCUCCAGUAUCUCUUUGGGAAUAAUCUCAAUGUCUUUUCUGUAUUCAAGUCUCUUGGCUGCAAUUUGAGUAUCAGGUGUGCAGCUUGAGGACAUAAGUUAGGCUUAUUUUUGAUAGGGUGGAGAAAAGGGCAUUAGGGUUUCCUGGGGGCUUUUUAAAAUUUUGGGUGGGAAGGAGCGGGUCACUUGAGAGUCUGGGAAGAUACAAGCAACAGUCCGCUGGGACCUAGCCCUGAGACCCUGUGUCAGCUAUUAAUGUACAGCGAGAGGAUGCAGUGGUUGGCAAAUUUGUGGCUGUGCUGGUUAGCGGAUGCCUGGGCCCACUGGCCUAGGGGAUGUGGGGUUGUGUUGUUGUGGUUAGAAAAGUCAACUCCUUCAAUUCCAAAGCAAAAGAACACUUUCUCUAGGAAGUCUGAGACACUGGGUGGGGGGACUCAGUGGGGAAUGACCCAGGCAGCAGGCCCCCAGACCCUGGCUCCUGUUAGCACCAUUCGGGGUCAUUGACAAACCAGGCAUUUACCUCCUAUCCUAUUAUCUGGCUAACUUGGGACACUGGUAUGGAUCACCCUCCACACCCCCUCCUCACCCCAUCCUUCUCCUGCCCCCUUUACCCUGAAAUCCCUGAAAUUCAGUGGUGGCCUGGAGGAGGGGAGGCUCUGCCCCCAUGGUUGACUGCCAUGGAAUAGUGAAAUCACCUGGGAGGGGUGGGCUGUGUGGUUCCAGAGAGGCCAGCUCCUUGGUAACUGGCAUCCUGUUGCCAUGGCAACUGGGCUGGUGAUGGAGCGGGAGAUGGCAGUGUGCAUGUGGUGAGGGCGGGCUGAAGAGUGCAUUUGGGCACACCAAGGGGCAGGAGACCUCUGAGCCUGGCUUCCCGCUGCUUCCAAUGUUCCAGGCAGAGGGUGGUUACGUGCUCUACCCUCAGAUUGGGGACCGGCUAGACCUGCUCUGCCCCCGGGCCCGGCCUCCUGGCCCCCACUCCUCUCCCAAUUAUGAGUUCUACAAGUUGUACCUGGUAGGGGGUGCCCAGGGCCGGCGCUGUGAAGCACCCCCAGCCCCAAACCUCCUCCUCACUUGUGAUCGGCCAGACCUGGACCUCCGCUUCACCAUCAAGUUCCAGGAGUAUAGCCCUAACCUCUGGGGCCACGAGUUCCGCUCGCACCAUGAUUACUACAUAAUUGCCACAUCGGAUGGGACCCGGGAAGGCCUGGAGAGCUUGCAGGGAGGUGUGUGCCUAACCAGAGGCAUGAAGGUGCUUCUUCGAGUGGGCCAAAGUCCCCGAGGAGGGGCUGCUCCCCGAAAACCUGUGUCUGAAAUGCCCAUGGAGAGAGACCGGGGGGCAGCGCACAGCCUGGAGCCUGGGAAGGAGAACACACCAGGUGACCCCACCAGCAAUGCAACCUCCCGGGGUGCUGAAGGCCCCCUGCCCCCUCCCAGCAUGCCCGCAGUGGCUGGGGCAGCGGGGGGGCUGGCGCUGCUCUUGCUGGGCGUGGCAGGGGCUGGGGGUGCCAUGUGUUGGCGGAGACGGCGGGCCAAGCCUUCGGAGAGUCGCCACCCUGGUCCUGGCUCCUUCGGGAGGGGAGGGUCUCUGGGCCUGGGGGGUGGAGGUGGGAUGGGACCUCGGGAGGCUGAGCCUGGGGAGCUAGGGAUAGCUCUGCGGGGUGGUGGGGCUGCAGACCCCCCCUUCUGUCCCCACUAUGAGAAGGUGAGUGGCGACUAUGGGCAUCCUGUGUAUAUCGUGCAGGAUGGGCCCCCCCAGAGCCCUCCAAACAUCUACUACAAGGUAUGAGGGUUCCCACCUGGCUCUCCUGAAUCCAACCCUUAUUGGGGUGCUCCUCCGGUUUAAUUCCUGGUUUGAGGGCCACCCCCAACAUCUCCUUGGCCCCCUUUGCCCCACCAGCUCCUUUGCCCCUCCUGGCUGCUGCCCUCUCCUCCACUUUUAGGAUUCCUUAAGGUUCUACUGCAUCACCUCCUGUCUCCCAUUUGGCCAUGGGUACCCUUCUCUGUCUCUUUGCUCCUGGGUCCUGUACCCUUGGGGAGGGGGUACAGGCUCAGCCUCCUCUCUGACCAUGACCCAGGUGUCCUUAUCCCCCUUGCCCACCCAGAGCUAGGGGUGGGAACAGUCUGUCUUUUGGUUGGCACCUCUUUCUUUCUGCCUCUCACUGUUUUUCUCUUCUCUCCAUCUCUUAUCUUUCUCUCUCUCUCUCUUCUGUCUCUAGGUCUGUUUCUCUUCCCUAGCACCCUCCUCCCUACACCUCCUUCUACCCUCUUGCCUUCUUACCCUGUGCCUCUCCAUCUCCUGGGUGGGGCCUCAAAGCAUUUCUCCCCUUAGCUCUUGGCCCCCCCUGUGACCUCUCAUCCCAACCACUCCCCUCAGUCUGCCAAAAAUGGGGGCCUUACAGGGAAGGCUCUGGCACUCCACCCCAGCUCAGUGCAUGGGCAGCAGGGCCUCCCUCUCUGCCCUGCCCCAGGCCUCUACAUACUUACUCCAGCCAUUUGGGGUGGUUUGGUCAUGACAGCUACCGAGAGAAGAAGUGUUCCGUUUUGUCCAGUGGCCAAUAGCAAGAUAUGAACCGGUCAGGACAUGUAUGGACUUGGUGUGACGCUGAAUGGGCCACUUGGGACAGGAAGUGACUUGCUCCAGACAAGAAGUGACCAGGCCUGGACAGAAAUGGCCUGGGAAGUGGCAGAAGCAGUGCAUCAGGAACUGGAAGUGCCUUCAUCCAGGACAGGAAGUAGCACUUCUGAAAUAGGAAGUGGUCUGGCUGGAACUCCAAGUGGCUUAGUCUGGGGGAUUGGGGGGUGGGAGGUAGAUGGUUCUUAUUCUGUGGAGCAGGGGGGCAGAAAGAACUUCCUGAUUCAGGAGGAAGCUGGAACUUACUGACUGUAAGAGGACAGAGGUGGACUGAGGAAGACUUUCCUAGUAUUCAGUGGCACUUCCCAGGAUCUCCCUUCCCUUGUGCUCUGUGCUGAUUUUAGGACAGCUAAGAUGACUGCCAUCUGCUGUGGCAGGCCCAAUUUGUCGUGUUCUUUCCUUUCCAUAUCCUGAUAUAAUCUCUGUUAAUCAACAUGACUACCCCAAGAACCUGCGUGUUCUCCCCCAGUAACCCAGAUGGCUGUCUUGUUCACCCCUCCUCCAUUUCCUGUUCCCUUCAAACUCAACACAGCUCCCUUCUUAGUGACCAAAAUGGUGGCCUACUGGCUGGUCUAGCUGACAGGGGCACUUAGCAAUGGCCAAUGUUUCAUAGUGACCAGCUGAUACCUAUUCCUGCCCUCUAGUGCACAAUUGGAUGUUGCCUCAGUUUCCUCCCAGCUCAGUUUUAUUAGAUCAAAGCUGCCCUUGGGCACCAAGUUGGCCACCUCAAUCACCAGCCAAGAUGGUUACUUUGUGCACCAGAGGUCACAGCAUCUCUCUGGUGCUGUAGCUCCCAGCUCCUUCCUGAUUUUUCUAAUCACUCCUUCCGGGGAACAGGAAGUUGAUAUUGCCAUGGUGGCUGGGUACGCCGUCACCGCAAUAGUUUUACUGUAAAAGGGAAAUUUGAACAACAAAAACCAAAAAAAGAAUAAAAAACUUCAAAAGUUGA